GCGCAAACGUGACCAUGAACUCCACGUCGAGCGGGACGCCGCCGGACCAGCAACCUCAGCCUUCUCCCUACUACGGUGGCAAAGGCUGCGAUAGAAGCAUGUCCCGCUCCGACAGCGGGAGUGGAGAAGAUUCCCUGGACGCCCUCCCGUGCUGCAUACCUCGCUGCUGCCCCCUGACACCCUCGUUGUCCCCCCAAAAGCGCACCGCCAGCCAGUCCCAGACGGAGCCCCCGCUGCUGAGGACCAACAAUAGGACCAUCUACACGGCUGGCAGGCCCCCUUGGUACAACGUCACUGGGACCACCUUCAAGGAGGCCUUUGUCAUUGGUCUGUGUGGAGGAAGUGCUUCUGGGAAAACAACAGUAGCCAAUAAGAUCAUCGAGGCGCUAGACAUUCCCUGGGUGGUUCUGCUCUCCAUGGACUCAUUCUACAAGGUACUCAACAAAGAAGAACAGGAGCUGGCGGCGAAGAGCGAGUACAACUUUGACCACCCCGACGCCUUUGACGUUGAGCUGUUGGUCAACGUCCUGCGAAAGCUGAAGAAAGGAAAAAGCAUCAAAGUCCCCGUGUAUGACUUCACAUCUCACUGCAGACGCAAAGAAUGGAAAACUGUGUACGGGGCCAAUGUUGUCAUCUUUGAGGGCAUCCUGGCCUUCGCCAACAAGGAACUGCUGAAGCUGCUGGACAUGAAAGUGUUUGUGGACACCGACUCCGACAUUCGGCUCACGCGCCGGCUGAAGCGGGACGUGUCGCAGCGCGGGCGGGACAUCGCCGGCAUCAUCAGGCAGUACAACAAGUUCGUCAAGCCGGCCUUCGAGCGGUACAUCGAGCCCACCGUGCAGCUGGCCGACAUCGUGGUGCCCCGAGGCGGCGACAAUUUUGUGGCGCUGGAUUUGAUCGUUCAGCACGUUCACAGUCAGCUGGAGAAGCGGGAGAUCACUGUGAGGUCUGCUCUGGCGUCGGCUCACCAAGGUCAGCCCCUACCCGACACUCUGAGCGUCCUGAAGAGCACGCCGCAGGUGCGCGGCAUGCACACCAUCAUCAGGAACAAGGAGACCAACCGCGACGCGUUUGUUUUCUACUCCAAAAGAUUAAUGAGGCUCCUGAUCGAACACGCCCUCUCCUUCCUGCCCCUCAAGCCCGUAUCCGUGGAGACGCCUCAGGGUGGCGUCUACCACGGCAGGAGGCUGAGCGGUAAACGAAUCACAGGCGUGUCCAUCCUGAGGGCAGGCGAGACCAUGGAGCCGGCACUCAGGGCCGUGUGCAAAGACAUCCGACUGGGGAAAAUCCUCAUCCAGACCAACCUCGACACGGGCGAACCUGAGCUGCACUAUCUGCGGCUGCCCAAAGACAUCAGUGAGGAUUUUGUCAUCCUGAUGGACAGCACCGUGUCCACCGGGGCCGCUGCGCUCAUGGCCGUCAGAGUUCUGCUGGACCACGACGUGGCCGAGGACAAGAUCUUCUUGCUGUCGCUGCUCAUGGCGGAGACGGGCGUCCACUCGGUGGCCUACGCCUUCCCCAAAGUGCGCGUCAUCACCACGGCCGUGGACAAGGAGGUCAACCACCAGUUCCACAUCAUCCCGGGCAUCGGUAAUUUUGGCGAUCGUUACUUCGGCACCGACGCUCCCUCGGACUGGUGCGAAAGUGACGACGGGGUGGACUUGUGACGAGACGCGAAAACAAAACAUCGCUGAGCCUCCCAGGUCCGCAGAACAAACACGCGUGCCAACAAAUACUUGAUUUUCUUUCAUUACCAGUAAUGUGUUCAUGUUUUAUUUUCAUCUGACGAAGAGCCUUUGACUUUAAAAAGGGACAUCUUGAUCUUUAUCUAUUUAAUGUUCUAUCUACAAAGCGACAUCAGAAGGAGCCCCAUUUUUUUGAAAAUCCACUGAGCAUUUACACUUUUUCCCACUAAAACCACGUGGAUUCGACAGUAGUUUAUGAAGAAAGUAUUGUCUUUGAUGUAACCAUAGCUACCCCGGAUGAUUUGUUUUAGUGGAGCAGCUUUUACGGCUUCCGGGUUGCGUUGACAGAAGCGUUCCGACUGUACGCACGUUUGUGUUGCGUGAUCAUGUUUCUGUCACUUCAUUCAGUGUUUACCGCUGCCCAUUUUCUAGUACUUUAAGGACAUUAUGGUGCGGACUUCCUCUAAGAAUUACAAAAAAAUCUUUGUACUUGAAUUACAAAACUAUUUGUUUUUGGUUUACUUGUUAUAUACUGAAUGUAUUUUAUGGCGCCGUUCAUUAUAUUUGUAUAAUUUGCAACCUCUCAUCAGCCAAAGGAAACCUUUAGUUACAAAAUGAGUGUCAGUGGUGUUAAUGCUGCUGUUGUUCAUUUUAACGUGUUUCCUGCCAGUAUCAUUGAGCAAAGAUGGCUAAACUUCUUAUUCUAUUCUCUGGAUUUAAAUCUAAACCUCAACUGUGUGUCAGCCAUUUUGAAUGUUUUAAUUUAUUUUAUAAUUGACUGACUGUGACUUUACAGCCUCGUAUCCCGACAAAUGUUACGAUUUCAUAUGAUGGCCUUCAUUUUUGGUGAGGCUGCAUUUCAUCUGCUCCGCUCCACUGCGCCCUUGAAGGGAAUGUGCCCCUCAUGGAGUGUCGGUCAAAUAAAAUAUUUCUUGUUAAUA